AUGGCUCAUGACCAAGAUCCGGGCUAUGUACUUGCAGCGGGUGCUACAUUUCUAGUCUUGUGUAUUGUAUUCGUGUUUUUGCGAAUCUUGACGCGAUAUCUGCAAAAGACUAGGUUGGGCUUAGAUGACUGGUUGACUAUUCCGGCUCUUUUAAUGGUGAUUGGUUGCUCAUUGGUUUUAAUCAUUGGUGUUGAAAAGAAAGUUCUCGCAUACCCUACUCCGCCACCCACAGAUCUUGAACACUCUAAUGACGAACAAAGCUUUAGCUUUACAACUGUGGAAAAGCUAGAAUGGGCUUUCUUCCUCAUGCAAAUUUUGUCCAUGGGCUUUACCAAGCUUAGUUUCAUAUUUUUCUUCAGAAGAAUAUUUUUGACUGGGCAUCGAUCCCAUUUCUCAAUAGUAUCUGCUUGUAUUCUGAUGGUUGUUGUAUUAUGGUGCUUGGCAUUCUUUUUUUGGUUCCUUCUAUCUUGCGGCAAUAAGUUUGCUACUAGAUGGACCACAAUCAACACACUUCACCACAACUGCCCAAGUGACAUUCAGAGCGAUCUUGCGCUUGCUAUUUCCGACUUUUUGACGGAUGUCAUGAUACUGGGUCUUCCUAUUCCAAUGGUCCUGAGACUGCAAAUGUCAACCGGUAGAAAGGUUGCGGUCUUAGCAGUCUUUGGGCUAGGGUCUAUAGCUCUCGUCGCAUCCAUUGUUCGGCUGGCUUUGUUCGUCAACAUCACUGGCAUUGCAUCGGGCAAGAUUAAGGAUCCUAAUGCAGAUAAUGAUUUACUGACAACGCGUUCUCUAUUCUGGUCGAUGUUAGAGUCGGGUCUUGCACUUGUGGCAUGUUGCUUGCCCUCUCUGAACUCCUUGGCUGGGCUACCUGCAUUUCGUUCAAUGAUUGACAGUCUUCGAAGUAUUGCUAGUCUUCAUUCAUCAUCUGAACAUUACAAAAUAAGCCAAGGGAAUGACAACUCCCAGCUCAAAGCUGAAGAUCCAUCCUCAGCUUCCCGAAAAGCUCUAGUGCCAGAAUCUGCUGAUUUCGCCGAGAUCGAGACAUAUGCCAUGGGUGAUGUACCAAAGAUUCAUCAUGGAAAAAGUUCUGGAGAAGACGUCAUUUGGGUUGAUAAAGUUGUAGAGCAGCGGAAUCAUAUUGUGUAA